ACUGAGGUAAUUUUUAGUGACGGCAAGAUAGCCCCUGUCUCCACAUGAAGCUUGUUAACUAGGUUGGUAAGAAGGGGAAACGUAUCUGUCUGGUUGCUACUGUUUCAGAAAAGAACACAAAUUAAAUUUCCACGUCGAGAAAAUAAAACUUAAACAAAGAAAGCAAAAUGAGGAUGUCACGUACCACAAUACUAUUUUACUGUAUUGCCUUGUGGAUUUCUCUUGCUCUUUCGAAUUCCAUUCCUGAAGAUCUAGAUGGAUCAGGAGGAGAUGAUCAAGACUUUUCUGGUUCUGGGGAUGGGGAUAGCUCACCUACAACAGCUAUGGCUUCACUGGAUGUCACCAUGUCUCCCUCAUCCUCAAGAGAGCAAGCUUCCACAACUGAAGAGGAAGAGAUAACAAGCCCUGUAACAACAACCACCUCUCCUGAAAUGGCUGAGAAAACUACCUCAGAGAACCAAGAAACCACAGAAGGUGCCGUACACAUUCCUGUGGCUGAUAGAACCACCUCUAGGCCUGUCAGUACUGCAGAGGCAUCGCCCGACACAACCACUACUGCAGUUGCUUUGCCUGGUGUUGUCAGUGACAAGGAACUUUCAUCCACAGCUGUCAACCCAACUCACUCUUCUGUGCCUUUGUCCACCUCUGCCAGCAUUGUAGAUUCUGAUGCUAAGCCUGAGAGCACUGCAGACUCCACCACACCUGCCAGUAUAACAGAGUCUUCAUCUUCAUCCACCUCCGCUAGUGUCAACGUUGUAGAUUUGGAUGCUAAACCUGAAGGUAUUACAGGCUCCACCACCACAGUCAGUACAACGCCAGCUUCAACCACCAGUGCUGGUAUUGUAGAUUCUGAUGCUAAGCCUGAUGGUACUGUAGCUUCCAACAUCAUUGACGACAUUACAGGUCCUAACAAAAGCAGGAAAUUGCACCCAGGUCACUUGCCUGUGGACACAGAAGACUCCACAGCAGAGACUAAUCUGGAUGAUCUGUACCUAGAAGACGCCACAGGCUCCCAGACCAACAACAAAGUCCAAGGUGAAGUACCACCGAUCUUCCAGUCGAAUGAAAUCCAAGAAGCAUCAAAAGAAGGGGACAAUGCUAUGAGCCAAGGAUUUAUGGAAAGGAAAGACGUUCUAGGAGGUGUCAUUGCUGGUGGAAUAGUCGGACUUGCAUUUGCUGUGUUGCUGGUGGUUCUGAUGGUUUAUAAAAUGAAGAAAAAGGAUGAGGGAAGUUAUUCUCUGGAUGACCAGAAGAACUCCAAUGGAGGUUACCAGAAGCCACAGAAACAAGAGGAGUUCCUGGCGUAAAUUCCUAGCGGGACAAUUGCAUCUUUUUUUUGUUUUUUGUUUUUACUGAGUUCUGGUUCCGACAUCUCCUUGUGGUUUUAUAUAUUAUAGUCCCCACCUUAAAGACUUCUACCGAUAUGGACAUCAAGCCUAAUCCUAGAGCCUGCGUAAUCUUAGGGCUGUUCUGCCAUUUUAGGGCAGGCUUGAAAUGAGCUGUAUAUGCUUAUUUUAACUAGUGGGUAGCAUAGACGUAUAAUUGGUUGUGUGAACAACGUCCCCACCAAAUUAAGAAAAAACAAAAGCCAUUUCAAGAUGAGUUUUACUUUUUGCUCUUUUGUAAGUAGUUACUUCUGGACCUAUUGAAUAUACAUAGUUUUGAACCCUAUAACUGCUCAAGGUACAGUUCAGAACUGCUUAAAAGCUGCAAAGGCUGAGUUGCAAAAUGAGGAAUCGCAGGCCACACACUGGUGACUUCAAUAUAUUUCUGUGUUCUUUAAUUUCAUAAGGAGAUUUUAUAAGGAUAUAGAUAUAUAUAUAUAUAUAUAUAAAACUUGGUAGCACCAGCUGAAUUUUAAUAAGUGUAAGAUAAGGCUUAGGAUAAUGUAAUGAUAUCGAAAGUAUGUUCUCUCUUAGUGAUUGUUUUGUAAAGCAAUUCAGGAUCCUAUAUUUCAUGCCUGGAAAAUAUUUGUCUGAUUUUCUAUGGGUCAUAGUUAAAUCUCUUAAAAUAGUUAACAUCUGUUUAGAAAAAUAAAAGUUGCUACUAUUACUGCUACCAGAAUGAACAUUUUUAAUAAACUGAAACAUUUGUCAAGAUUCUCAUGUAACUAGAUGGUGUAGCAAUAAUUUCCUGCACAUUCCAGCAAGCCUUUUAGAGAUAAGACGCUUUUGCUAAUGUUUGAUCGAAGAGGACUCUAAAACAGGGAAGUAACACUUUUUUAUAGUAGUGUAUUUUUGUAUUGAAUCUACCCCUUAACUGCGCAGCUUUAUCAGUUAUAUACACAGCUGGAAAUAUUUAACUGAAUUAGAAUGCCUGGUACUCGUGUAGUGGACAUGACCAGAUUAUCCUUUUGGCUCCUCAAGUACCAAUUUGAAGAACCAAAACCAGCUUUUCGGUUUUAUUCAGCUGGAAGAUGUAUUAUGUCACCACUACCUCAUAUGGGUGUAGCAUAACAAACCUUCUAACUGAAUGAAACUGAAAAGAUGUUUUUUUUUCCAGUUAAUUAACUAGAUUGAACAGGUAUCUUUUUCUGCCACUCCCUUCCUGAAAUAUGGAUGUAGUGGAAGAAACUUCCAUGCUUAAGGUGAAUUUAAUUGUACCAUAAAUAGUGAUAUAUUUAGAGAUUUAAAAAAAAAAUAUAUAUAUUUAAGUUGUGAGGUUUAAAAAUAUUGAUGACGGAUGUAAUUACAAAAAUAUGGUAGCACCCCCAAAACCAGGCAGAAAAACUGAAAAACAGACUGACCACACUGUUGAUCCUGUUCUAGAGACUGGUAGCCUGUUGUAAAUGUGGUAAUUGCAUCUCUUAAAUUAAGAACAAUCUUGUUUAACUUUUUUAAAAGAGAAAAAAAACUCAUGCCAUUGGUACAGAGACACAAUGCUGGCAACAGCAGUUCGCUAGCAUGGAGUUUUUUGCUAGCUUGUAAAUUUUCUUUUUUUUUUUUUUUUUUUUUUUGUUUUGUUUUGUGGUUUAAAUUUGGGGAAGUGGAUGUACCACUGAAAUGUAAAGUGUAAUUACUGAUGUAAAUACUUUGUGCAACAGUUUAAAUACCAACACUAACUACCCCAUAAUCCACUGCUGCAUUUGUAGCCAUCGUACUUAUUCUGUUCAUAACAUUUUGUUUUUAUUUUUUUACAUGUGUUAUGUUUUCAUUUUCUUUAUUGUUAUAAACCAAAAAAAAACUUUUCCCUCUCAUGCAAGCUGCCUUUUAAUAUGCACUGCCAAUGUGCUAAAAUUACACUAAAACUGCAUGUAAAAUAAAUCAAGAAACUGCUCUUUCUGAUUUAUGUGCCCAUCUCUGACUUCUGAUUAUAAAUCAAUGGGAAGUAUUGUUUAGCUGGUUUAUCUAUACAAAAAAAAUGGUUAACUAUGGUAGAAAAUGCCUUCAAUUUACAUUACUUGCUAGAGUACUUUGCAUUCUGUUUCAAUAAGAUAAAAAUAAAUGUUUUUAUUUAUUACCUGUGAGUUUCAUGAUGAACAUGCAAUAAAUCUGAACAUUGUCACCAUGGAAAA